AUGUCUCUUUCUGAACAAGAUUUACAAAAAUAUGUUGGACAAAAUGUUGAUGAUACUCAAAAAGAAUUAGAAAAUGAAGGUUAUAAAGUACAUCUUGUUAGUACAGGCAGAUGUGCUACUGGUUGUGUACCACCAAACAAUCCACACAGGAGUGCAGAUGGAACAGUCACUCAAGAUAAGCGUGCUAUUAUUUCGUUUAAUGGAGAUGAUCCUGAACGCAAAAUUACAUCUAUUCGUCAAGAUUAA